UGGAUCCACUACUGGGCUGGGAUCAGAGGGCGGGGUAGGAUAAUAGCAGUAGCAGGUCAUCUGCCGCAGCAGUAGGCAGGCAGCCGUCAGUGCGAGUGGACGUGUCGCGCGCUUCACACGAGCAUAGAGGAGAUGACCAACCCGGCGGCUACGGAAGGCGGGGCGGCGUGUGAGGCUGCCGUGACCAUGCGAGGAGGAGGAAGAGGAGGAGGAGGAGGAGGAGGAGGAGGAGGAGGAGCAACAGAGAAGUCGAGGAGAAAUCUUGUCCCAGCGAAGACACCUCUCACACGAAAUUUAUCCCGGGCCCAGCUGAAAGAGUUCCGCGAGGCCUUCCGGCUGUUUGACAAGGACGAGGACGGCACCAUCACCAAGCAGGAGCUGGGCCAGUUCAUGCGGAACCUGGGACAGUUCGCCACGGAGGAGGAGCUUCAGGUCAUGCUGGACGAGAUCGACAUUGACGGCGAUGGCACGUUCAGCUUCAACGAGUUCGUGGAGAUCGUAUGCAACAUGGGCGGCGGCGGCGAACGGCCCUCCGAGGACGAGGAGAAGGAGCUGCGCGACGCCUUCAAGAUCUUCGACAAACACGAGCGCGGUUACAUCUGCGCCAGCGACCUGCGGGCGGUGCUGCAGUGCCUGGGGGAGGAUCUAUCGGAGGAGGAGAUUGAAGACAUGAUUCGAGAGGUGGACAUAGACGGCGACGGACGCAUUGAUUUCGAAGAGUUCGUGAAGGCUCUGGGCGAGAACGAGGACUCGGACGAGGACGAUGAGGCGAGGGAUGAGGACGAGGACGAGGAGCGAAAGUGAGAGAGGCGUGUCGAGGUUUGGGCGACGACGCUGCUGGAGACGUGAUGGUGGUGAUGAUGGUGGUGAAGGGCUGACGAUGUGAACCAGAGAACGAGGCCUACGUGUGUGUGUGUGUGUGUGUGUGUGUGUGUGUGUGUGCAGGAUAGUUACUAAAUCAAGGUUCAUGUUUGUUUAUUAUUUCCUUUCAAUCGUGUGUUAAGAUAAGAUAGAGUGAGGAACCUUUAAUUAUAAGCAUCAUCAGGCCCUCCAUGUUUGUUUCUCGCCAUCGUGUGUUUGUGCUUAGCGAGGUAUUUUCACGUUUACGAGAUUCCCGGCAAAAUACUGUCGUCCUCUCAGCAUAUAAAAAAGAAAUAGUGAAUAAUGUUUAACUCUAAGCACCAGGCCAUCCAUGUUUGUUUAUCCCCCGCGUAUGUUUAUGUGUUGAACGAGAUCCAAACGUAUAAGAGGGUUCUGAAAAGUAGAGCCGUGAAUACUGUCUAACGUUUAAGCAUAAAGGGACAAAGAAUGACGUUUAAGUCUACGCAUCAGGCCACCCAUGUUUAACUAUCUUCAAAUGGUUGUGUUUAGACAGGGUUGAAUAUUACGAAAGCUAAAAAAUAAAAUAACCGUGAAUGCCGUCUAGCCUUUAAGCAUAGGAGAACAGGGAUUGGUGUUAAACUCUACGCAUCAGGCCACCCAUGUUUGACUAUCUCCAUGUGGUUGUGUUUAGCUAGAAUUGAUUGAUUACGACAUUUUGGAAAACUAACUGUGAAGCAUGUUUAACGAUAAGUAUCAGGCCCUACGUUUUGUUUUGUGAGGUUUAUAGGCUUAACGAAACACAAGGAGAUGAGGAUGAGGUGUGUGUGUGUGUGUGUGUGUGUGUGUGUGUGUGUGUGUGUGUGUUUUCAGAGCCGCAGAAGAGAGCAGAGAGGUUUGAUAAUAUCCAAUAAUGAUACAUAAUCUAACUUCUUAAAUAACUAGAAAGAUACAGAUGGUAAUAUUUAUGUAGGACAAAACAAAUGGAGGAAGGGACGAAGUAUUAUGAAUAAACCUUCUUUUCCACAAGGAUGAAUACAUUUACAUCAGUCUCCCUUGCACAGACCAUUUGCAUAGCCGUUUAAAUAUGUAUACGGGGUAUGUACACUAUUUUGUUCUCUCAUUUUUUAUCGUAGCGAAAGAUCUUUAAUAUGUCAAGUUUUUUGUCAAGCGCUCCAACUUCAUCUAUUAAACUGCUUUUCUUUAGUUUCUUUUAUAUAUAAUUUCAAGCAUUCCAACUGCAUUCACUUAAUUGCUCUUUCUGGAUUAUAAUGUCACGUCAUAAAAAAGAUUAUAAUGUCUUUUUUCGAACUGUAGCUCCUCCCACCUUGGAGAAAUCAAAGUUUGUAAAUUUGGAAUGGUAACUAGAAAUUUUGGGAUGGUGAGUAGGAGUUUGUGAAUAUACCCUGCACCUGUGAGCCCGUUAGCAAUGUUAGUAGUGCAGUAUGUUAGUAGUGAACCUGUUUGCUUUUUUGCUUGAGUUAAGGGUGUAAUUAGUUAGGUUUUGUCUUCGUUAGUUACAGGUGUUAUUGAUGAUAAUGAUUAGCAAAGGUAGAGCAAUUAUUAAGGCCGGCAGAUGGACCAUUCCUUUUCUGUUUGUUUGUUCACUUGAGUUGAUUUAGUCAGCAAGAUCAUCUCCUCAUCAAUUACAGGUGCGGUGAUGAUGAUUAUUAAUUAGCAUAGGUAAGAACUGCAACUGGUACUUGUUUUCACUUUUUCUUGUUUGUUUGUUUGUUUGUGUAUGUGUGCGAUUGUGAAGACCAAAUAAAAUAAUCAUGAAAGAAAAAGAAAAGAUGAUCAAUUGGUUGUGCUCUUUAGGGUGUGUGGAUCAGGGAUAGGUAAGUGUAAAUAUGAAGAAAAAAAAAUUGGUUGUGCUGUGUGUAUGUAUGUGUUUGUGUUUGUUUGUGUGUGUGUGUGUGUGUGUGAGAGAGAGAGAGAGAGAGAGAGAGAGAGAGAGAGAGAGAGAGAGAGAGAGAGAGAGAGAGAGAGAGAGAGAGAGAGAGAGAGAGAGAGAGAGAGAGAGAGAGAGAGAGAGAGAGCGUAAAAAAUACGAAAUCCAUAUUUUGUGUGAGGAUAAAUAUGAGGUAAAAAAAAAGUAAAACCAUAGUCAGUUCGGUAAUUUGUCUGUGGCUUGUGUAUCGUUUUAUGUUGAUUCUUCCCCGCACGCUACGAAUUUGUUCCACCAAUAUCGUUUACUUAUUUUUCCUCACUCUCUUGUUCUUGUCCCUCUCUUUUACAUAUUCUCCUUUCCAUUCCUCCUUUGUCAUUCUCAUUUAAUAUCUCUUUAGAGGAUAAUCUUUCCCUUAUUUUCUCAUUUUCUCUAGUUCCUUCACUGCCCCUCAAAUUGACCAUAUUAUAAGUCUCGUAAGAAGUCGUUCCAGCACUUAAUGGCACCUCACUGAACGUAUUACCUUUAUCAUCAUUGGUUCCAGCGCGUAUUUCAUGACCCGCAUAUGAGUUCUAAUCCUUUUAACUACGUAAUAUUAUGGAUUCAGAGGCGUCCUGUAUUCUUGUUCCUUAGAGCUGUCAAUUAAAGGCACUUAUUUCACUAUA